AUGGCCCCGCCCCCGUCCGUGGCCGCGGCCCACGAUCGCGCAGGCGACGCGGGCGACCCUGCCCUCCGCCUCCGCCGCGCCCCUGCCCCCGAGGCGGACGCCGGCGGUCGGCGGGAGGACGCCGUCCCGCCGCCGCAAACGCAGCAGCAGAAGCAGCACGAGAUGUUCUGCUACCGCGCGUCGGCGCCCGCCCACCGCCGGGUCAAGGAGAGUCCGCUCAGCUCCGACGCCAUCUUCCAACAGAGUCAUGCGGGUCUUCUGAACCUAUGCAUUGUUGUGCUGAUUGCAGUUAACAGCGGGCUGAUUAUUGAGAACUUAAUGAAGUAUGGCCUAUUAAUAAGAGCUGGAUUUUGGUUUAGUGCAAGAUCACUGCGAGAUUGGCCACUUCUGAUGUGCUGCCUCACUUUACCCAUCUUCCCACUUGCUGCACUCAUGACCGAGAAGAUGGCUCAAAGAAACAUCAUUCGGGAACAUGUGGCCAUUCUUCUCCAUAUCAUUAUUACAACCACUGUCCUAUUCUAUCCAGUUGUUGUGAUUCUUAAGUGUGAAUCAGCAGUAUUAUCUGGAUUUGUACUAAUGUUUAUUGCAAGCAUUACUUGGUUGAAGCUUGUCUCUUUUGCUCAUACUAAUUAUGAUAUAAGGGCAUUGUCCAAAAGUAUUGAAAAGGGUGCUACACAUGACAGUUCUAUCGAUGACGAGAGCAUUAAAGGUCCAACUAUCAACAGAAUAGUGUAUUUCAUGCUGGCCCCAACACUUUGUUACCAGACAAGUUAUCCCCGGACAGCAUUUAUUAGGAAAGGCUGGGUGACCCGGCAGCUUAUAAAAUGCCUAGUAUUUACAGGCUUGAUGGGUUUCAUAAUUGAGCAAUACAUAAAUCCAAUUGUCCAGAAUUCCAAGCAUCCGCUGAAAGGGAAUUUCUUGGAUGCUAUUGAGAGAGUUCUGAAACUCUCAGUGCCGACGUUGUACGUUUGGCUUUGCAUGUUCUAUUGCUUUUUCCAUUUGUGGUUGAAUAUUCUUGCCGAACUUCUGCGUUUUGGUGAUCGUGAAUUCUACAAGGACUGGUGGAAUGCCAAAACAUUUGAAGAGUAUUGGAGAAUGUGGAAUAUGCCUGUUCAUAAGUGGAUUGUUCGACAUAUAUAUUUUCCUUGCAUAAGGAAUGGCUUCUCAAAGGGUUUUGCAAUUCUCAUCUCAUUUCUGGUUUCAGCUGUAUUUCAUGAGCUAUGUAUUGCUGUCCCUUGUCACAUCUUCAAGUUAUGGGCAUUUUCUGGAAUCAUGUUUCAGAUUCCCCUGCUAUUGUUGACAAAGUAUCUUCAAGAUAAGUUCAAGAACACGAUGGUUGGCAACAUGAUAUUUUGGUUCUUCUUCAGCAUAGUUGGGCAACCGAUGUGUGUCCUUUUAUACUACCAUGAUGUGAUGAACAGACAAGCUCUAUCAAAUACAUAGCUCUGUUUAAAGGUGUACUAUAAUACAGAAUUACAGAUCAUCCUAAGAAAAUCGACUCGGCAUCAAGAAGUAGCUGCCGGCUGCCGCUUUACAGUUGACCAUCAUAGCUUGCGAUGCUCCAAGUCCAUGCUAUUAGAUUGUUAUGUGCCCAACCUGUUGUAGUCAACUUGCUGCUCUCCAAAUGUAUGCUAUGCUGGGGUUUCAGGUUGAGGCGUGUACACAAAAGAUGUGUUACUGACGCAACUGAAGAUCAUCUCUACACGUUCAGUUCACAUGCCAGCAGAGCUAUGUACAUGUUUUUUAAAUCUCAGUGGAGCUAUGUACGUGAUCCUGUGUAGAUGUAAAAUGUAUAUGCUGUGUGAUGCAAUUCUCCUUGAGUUCAGGGUGAGCAAAAAGGCUCACUUUGAGAGAGAAUAAGUACAUAAACUGACCGCCAAGUCUGACCUUUAGCUCGUUCUGAUUAUCUUUGUGACGUGCUGACAUGUCAUUGUGUAUUGACCUUGCUGCAAGGAAUAAUGUAGCAACAGCGUUGCAGUUUUUCUGCUCUCCACUUUUUUCAUGGAUGGCAAUGUCAGAUUUAUGUGUUUGGAUGA